AUGGAUGUUCACAACGUUACCGACCAGUAUUCCCAGCAGAUUCAAACUCAGAAGCAGACUUUGCAAAAGGCCAAAAAGCGCAAAGGUCAGCGUCCUCGCGAUUGGGAGCCUAGAGAGCAGACGUAUCUUAAAUUCAUGAUGGCCCUUAUGGCAAGAGGCACACACGAUCAAGGACACAUGAUUCAUUCGUCAUUUAUCCCGCCACCAUACCCACCAUGUACUGCGCCUCUGGCUGAGUUAAGUCGCAUCACGAUCCGGGAUCUUCAGCUUGAGACACACCACCGAGGCACAUAUCUCCUACUGCGAGCUAUUACGCCGCCUAGCCGGAUGACAGGGAUUAUGGUUUUGGGUGAAGAUGAUCGUGCUGAUGUCAUUAUGCUACAACUAUAUCAGCAGGAAGAGGAAGAUAUCCGUGAAGCCGGCGACAUCGUCAAUGUUGGUACGAUCUUACUAGUUAAGGAGCCCUAUUUCAAAGUUAUGGCAUCUGGCGGGUACGGCCUACGUGUGGAUCAUCUCUCCGACGUCAUUCAUGUCAAAGAGGACGAUUCCAGGAUACCUGAAACAUGGCGCCGUCGAGUUCUCGAAGCAGAAUGCUCUGCCCAGUCAUUGAAGAUCAACGGCAACUCUGCUAUGGGAGAGGGGAAAUACUGGCAGGCGAUUACGGAGUAUUCGGAUGCCCUUUCGCAACCAGCCACGGCAACCGAGAUCGAGAUUAUCAAACGUAACAGAUCGCUUGCUUUUCUCAAAACCAAGCAGUUCGAUGCUGCACUCUCUGAUACGGGUUUCCCUGACUUCGGCCCCAACCCUACGGAGAAGGCGCUGUUUCGGGCAGCUGAGGCACUGUACUUCCUCGGUCGGUUUAGCGAGUGUUGCGAAGUGCUUGGAUUACUGCGCACCAACUUUCCAAACAACAAACAAGCGUUAGCGGUACUUGAUCGCGCUCGAAGUCGAUACUCAGAGCAAAAUACCGGAGACUAUAAUUUCAAGCUACUUCAAGCAGAGGCUAAGAAGUGUCGACCGCCUCAGUUGGAUCACGCCACGUACAUCGGGCCUGUCGAAAUAAGAAAGACGCAGAACAAGGGCCGCGGGUUGUUCUUGACGAAGGCCGUAAAGGCAGGAGACUUGCUCAUGUGCGAGAAAGCCUUCAGUCAUGCUUACGCAACCGAGAGUGAUGAGAGUAACUCAAAAGUCACCCUCUUGAUGAAUCCUGAAACAAACCAAGGAUUCAUGGGUGGCCAGGCCGACCUCAUCAGAAUUAUCGUGCAGAAGCUCUAUCGCAACCCAUCUGUCGCUCCAGCAUUCACCACUCUAUAUCAUGGAACCUACGAAGCGGUGCACACGCCUGCAGUGGAUGGAAAGCCAAUAGUUGACACGUUUCUCGUUGAACGGAUCAUGUCCUUCAACGUCUUUGGCUGCCCCCUCUCCAGCUUGAUCACUCAUAAAGAUCUUCUAGCCAACAAUGCCAAAGAGCCAACUGCCUAUCAUUCAUGUGGUAUAUGGACCCAAGCCUCAUACAUCAACCACAGUUGUACCAGCAACGCUCGCCGCUCCUUCAUUGGCGACAUGAUGAUCGUGCGCGCAACCCAAGACCUGGAGCCUGACACAGAAAUCACAUUCUGGUACCAGAGCCCCGACGGAACCCGUCUGAAGAAUUCGCAGGAAAUGCUCAAAACCUGGGAGUUUGUCUGUGACUGCGCCAUCUGUCAAGACGCUAAGGAGACAAAGGCUACUGUUGUCGCAGAGAGACGGAAAUUGUUGGAAAGAAUGAAGCGAGUAUGCGAUUCCGGCAUAAAUACGGGUAAAGUUGAGCGUCUGCUCAAGGCUUUGGAUAACACAUACACGCGACCCGCGGAUGAGGUGCCCCGCCUCUUACUCUGGGACCCACGAUUGCUGCUGGUACGCGUCUAUAUUGCACGGAACGACAUGAUCAAAGGACUGGAAUCUGUCGGUAAGGUUCUGACGGCGCUGGGCUUUAUUAUCGUUGGCGCGGACUCUUCCUCUGCAAGCUUCAGAGUUGUGAAGUGGGGUUUGGUGCUAGAUCACCUCGUAGAAGCAUUCCUGCAUGCGAGGACUGCCUUUCAGGCCACAGGGGCUUGGGAGGACUCAAGGCGGGCGGAGGAAUAUGCAAAGGUUGCGUAUAGGAUUGUGGUUGGAGAGGAUACCUCCUUUGAGUCGACAUAUAGUGGUUAA